AUGGACUUUUGGUCUCGUCUUAUCGGCGGCUCGCGCGCGCUGCCCAACAAAUCCUCCAAGGCCACCUCGCCCACGGAACGUAUGACUGCCUUUAAGCGUGCCUGCAAUGCCCUCCAGCAAAUAUGGCGUGCAACAAAUAAUCCUUCUGGCGAACAAUCGGUUGCGCACGCGCGGACGUACGUUGAACGACUCAAUUCGAUUCUGAGCGAGGAAGCCCGCGGGCCCGCACCGCACCCCUGUGUCGCCUAUGCAGCAUCUUCCCAGGUUUUUGUGACAGUGACCAAGCUUGCCCUCUCUUUUUAUGAUGAAGGAGUCAUCCGAUCAGCCACGGUAUUCUUCAACACGCUGAUCGAUGCGGAAGUGGAUGGGGUUGUGGACAACCGAUUGUUCGCCCGGGCGAUGGUUGAUCUAGUCCGCCGCGCCGAAAAGACCUCGGAUGAGAUCGAGGGCCGACUCGUCGAGCUGCUGUUUGGGAUUGCAAACAACAUUCGUCUUCAGCCUGUUAUCCUGCCCGCAUGGUUUGUGCCUCGGGUAACACCCACUGCCCAGGAUAGCGAUUCCCAAGCCCCAAGUGGGACGGAGUUUGCAGGAGCUACGAGGAAGGACGAAUUUCCUCUGUUCUAUCUGCUGGUGGACUAUGUCCACCAUGAAGGGCGCGCCGGCGACUUUGCCCGUACGGGUUUGCUCUACCUCAUUGAAACCGCGUCGCGGUCCAAGAAUCUAGAAAAGUGGCUGAUCGAAAGUGACCUGGCUACGCUCAUGGCCACUGGACUGGGUGCGCUAUACAGCCAGCUGGGACACUUGUCAUUUACUCCCACCGACGAGGACGAGAAUGUUCCUCACAUUAUUGCGUUAUCUGAUCACGCCAAAGAAGAGACCGCUUUGCAGCCAACUCUAGGUCAAACAAUGGAUGCAUUCAUGUCAUAUCUGUUAUUUUGGCAGGAUACAAUCGACCAUUGCAAAUCGGCUGAAGUGAACGACACUUUGCUAGAUCAUUUCCAGGUGCUGUUUCUGGAACAACUCCUAUACCCCUCCUUGUUAGAAUCAUCAGAUGUAGCUGGUGGCUCAACAGCGGCGGUGCUGACCUACAUGUGCCGCAUCCUUGAUUCAAUCGAUCAAGGCGAAUUGGUUCAUCGAAUCCUACAUUUCUUACUAGCAUCUUCCCCUCAACCCGAGGAGCAAAUGGACAUGUCUGCGAGUCGACGGAAAUCGCUGAAUGUGCUAGCUGCGCUAGCGUCCGAAGCGGCUCAACCAUCACCGUCACUAUUUAAUCUUCGCGAUUUGGCCCUACUGGGACUCCAGUCAUCAAACAGCCAGACAGUUUUAGCCACACUGCGCCUGUUAAACACCGUUCUUCAAAGACACCAUCUAUUUGCACGGGCGCUAAUCCAUACCAUUCCCACUCAGCCCGCACAUCAGCGCCCGGUUGGCGCUUUGAAUGCUGAGCUAGAGCAACUUUUGGUUAUGGGAACAUCCCUCGUCCAUGACCCUACGCUGAAUGAGUCGUAUGACAAUUAUGUUGCAGAUGCGACAUGUGUGCUUGAAUCCCGCCUGUGUCUGCCCAUUUCAUCGAUGGAAGAAGACGAGGAGACGCUACCCCUACCAUUACCGCUCCAGCAAGACGAUCCAAUAGUGCAGGCCCUCUUCACGUGCUUUGAAUCUUUCUUUACUAACAGUGUCAUUGUCAAUCUGGCAUUAACAGGUGUGUUCAUGAGCCUGGCAUCUUCACAUCUCUUCUCUUUGGACGGGUUGGUGUUGGUUGAUCCCAACCAAUAUGAGGCCCCAUCCUCCGAAGAAAUCGACGACGAAUUUGAACACGUUCGUCGGGCCUAUCAGGCACCAACUUGGCCUACCACAGCUGCUCCGACAUUGACAUUAGCGCUCCAAAAACUCGUGAACCAGGUCCGACAAUGGCAACGAGAACUCCCUGACUUUGAUGUACUGCUUGCUGCCCGACGAGAACUCUUGCACCAGGAAGAUCGCCCACAGACGCCAGACCGAUCACGGGAGCCCUCGGAGGCUCCAGUAUCUUUAACGGAUCGCUCCCGCCCGUCAUACCCUGGUUCGCCGGAUGCCUCUACUCUAGGUUCCCGUGGCCGGUCUCCGUACCCUGUAUAUUCGCCCCCUAUGUUUUCUAGUCGGGAUCGGGAUGGAUCCUCUGUCCUUUCCGACUCGCGAGGAUCCUUGAACACCCGGGCUGUAGCCGCUGAAGCUCUUCGCCAGCGCCUUUCUAUGCCGUUCCCGCCUGCACCCGCGGAUCCACAGUCCCCGUCUGCUGAGGAAGAGGCAUCAGGUUCAGAAGAUACUAAGGAUGGGCCUGUCGCGACUCUUGGACACGUGCUGACGAAUGUGGUGAUUCUUUAUGAAUUCAUCCUAGAGCUGUCGGCAGUAACCAAGAUGGCCUCCAUACGUCAUGAGUCUCUCGACCGCGAGGACCGCGAGGAUGCCCCAUUCCUCGACUCCCAUCCGAGCACCUCCGGUCCAGCCCAUCGUCAUGUACAUAGCAAGCCGAGUAUAGGCAGCCGCCCAGUGAAGGCCAAUGCCUCCGCCAGCGCCAUCAGUUUCCGCCUUAAGGCGAUCCUAUUCGCCAUGGUCCUCGCUGUUGAAGUCGGCUUCGCUUUCCUGGAGGGCCCACUGGUCCGGAUCAUGGAGUCUAUUGCUUGUCGCCAGUAUUUCUUAGUUGUGGAUCCGACUAAGAUCGGCAUGGAUGGACAAGUGCCCGAGGCCAUGUGUAAGAUCGGCGAGGUACAAGCUGAACUGGCGGCUGUGAAAGGCUACCAUAUGUUCUUUGAUGGGUCACUGAGCGCUCUUUUGGCGAUUCCCUACGGUCUGCUGGCAGACCGUCGUGGCCGCAAAUCUACACUCGCUUUGUCUAUUCCCGGGUUUGGGUUGAAUGCAAUCCUUACACUCGUUAUGUUGUGGUUCUCGGAUAUCUUUCCCUUGCGCGCGCUUUGGUUUACUGCCUUGACGUGGGUGUUUGGCGGUGGUCCAGUUGUGUCUUUUGCGAUUAUAUGGACUAUGAUGGCCGAUGUAACCAACGAGGCAGAAAGAGCGGGUAUCUUCUUUCAAUUUGCCAUCGUAUCAAUGGGCGCCGACUUCGCUUCAAGUGCUGUUAGUUCCUAUCUGAUGACCUUGAAUCCCUGGAUACCAUUGGUGAUUGGAUUCGGAAUUGUAAUGGCGGGCAUGAUGCUCAUCUUGUUGCUACCGGAAACGAAGCAUGCACUCCCACCCCGUAAAGCCGAACCAUCAAAUGUCGAGCUGUCAGAUCUGACAGAUGAGCCUGAACCAAAACAUUCUUUACAUGAUCUCAACGAACGGGAACCACAUUGCGCAGAACCCGACAUGAAUGGUGAUCACGAGGACGAACCGCCGUCUUGGAGCAUCCCCUCAUACUCCCACCAAUCUAUUCUGGCAAAGGUCCGCGCAAAUUACCGCUUCUACCUCAAGCCCUACCGGUUCAUUCUCAAUCGAAAACCAGUGCUUCUCCUUCUCACUGCAUUCCUGGUAUACCGCCUGAGCCGUGGCUCAUCCUGGUUUUUGGCUCAAUACAUAUCGACCCGUUAUUCAUGGACACUGGCGCAGUCUAACUUCCUGGUAUCUGCUCGUCCGACUGUCUCAAUCCCACUAUUUCUCUUCGGCCUACCUUUCCUCAAAAGCCGAGUCCUCAACCCCCGACUUUCAUCGACAGAAAAAGACCUCUGGCUCGCGCGGCGUAGUAUAUUCUGCCUUACAAUUGGAACCCUUGGCAUUGGUCUCUCCCCGAGCAUCGCGACUCUGAUCCCCAGCAUGGUCAUCCAGACUUCAGGAUCGGGCUUCGUUUUCCUUGCUCGCUCUAUCAUUACCACUUUGGUUGAACGUGAUGAGACCGCGCGUUUGUUUACUGCGAUCGAGAUUAUCCAGUCAUUGGGAAAUGUGGUUGCGAGUUUAUCUAUCACGACAGUCUUCCAGAUUGGACUGCGUCUUGGUGGGUUCUGGAUUGGUCUCGCGUGGAUGAUGACCAGCACGCUCUUCUGCUUAGUUGGAAUAGCCAUCUGGAGUUUAAAACUGCCCCCAAGUUCCCCGACACCGGAAUUCGUGGUGGAUGAUUACGAUGGGGAAGACAGGGCGUGA